AUUUUAUGCCAACUAGAUUUACCCCAGAAUUACUUUCUAAAGAAUCUUCUUUACCAAACAAGAGGAUAAAAAUGAACGAGUCCCACGAAACAAAAGCAAAACAGACAUCCAAAAUCCCAAAGAAAACCCCCUCUCACAAAACCAAAUCCAAACCCACCAAAGACAACAAACAUGCUAUAGAUCUCACUAAGUUCAAAUCAAUCCUGUUAAAGCCUAAGAAGAAUAUUACUGCAUAUGCAUUUUUCAUCAAAGAAAGAAAGAGCCAAUUUUCAGCUUCUAACAAAACUGGCAAAAUAGCUCCUGUUCUUAUGAAGGAGUUUGGACAGGAAUGGUCAGAGCUGUCGGAAGAGAAGAAGGAGUCGUACAAGCAGAAGGCAAGAGAUGAUAAAUUGAGAUAUGAGAAAGAGUUCAAAGAGUUUGUUCAAAAGUGUGGUAGUAUUCAGAAAAUUAGGGAAUGGGAAAAGAACAGGCCCAAGAAGCCUCUGACUUCUUAUAUGAUAUUUGUCAGGAAAAUACGAUCAGAGGUGUGCAAACAGCAUCCGGAUAUGCAUUCAUUCCAGGUUAUGAAGGAGGUUGGGAAACUUUGGAAGAAAUUAGAUAAGGAUGACAGAAAGGUAUUUGAAAAACAAUCUCAAGAUGACCAGCAGAAAUUCCUAACAGAGCAAAAAAUUUUCGAGAAAAAGCUUGCCAUGGGAGAUCUUAAUAAUCAUGAAGAAAAUCAAACCCAACACAACAAAAUCAUAUCUGAAAAAUCCUUUUUAGGUUUGUCUAUAGAGCCUAAAAUUAUUGAGUCAAGUGUUUCUUUCCCUAAAAACAAGAUGACUCAAGUAAAAUUCAAUAAAGUAACCACGAGCGAAGGUUCAGAAAUUAAAGAAGAUAGAAGUAAUAAGAGCCGAGAUUCUUUCACAAACGAUAGCUCACAAAAAGGCUAUAAUCCUGCUAAAACUCUUCAAAUGGUCACUAGACAAGUGCUGGAUGUCUGGAAUAAUGAAAUCAACCAAGAUAUCUCCAAGCCCUCGCUCGCUGCUAGCGAACAAGGUGAAGCUAUCAGAUUAGUUAUGGAAGAUGAUAUUAACCAGGAUAAGCUGCCUCCACUUACCCAGAUUUGAGAUACUAUGAAUAGUAACCUUGCUAAGGAGAGCUUCGAGAGUGAGAAUUGGGAUUUAGACAGAAGAAUCUUUAUUGAAACUAGUCAAAUCACUGAGCCAAUCACAAAAUAUAAUUUUGAUACUAAUGUGUUCAGGGAGAAUUUAUAUGAAUUUAUGAAUCAGCCAAGAUUCGAGUAUCAAAGCGAAACAGAUCUCAAUUUUGAAGAGAACUUCAAUGAAAUAGCUGGAUAUCCUUUCAGAGCAGAAUUUUAAUUAGAUGAGGCACUAGAUUCAUCAAAUGCAUUUAUUUUAUUCUUUUUAUCGGCUUUUGCUAUCAAUUACAU